AUGGAGAACGAUGUGCCGCGUGUGUGCAGACAUAUCUGCUAUGCUUUCCACGUCAUCGCCGAACAGGACUAUCAACUGGAACCAGUCUUGUUUCAGAGAGUGGCUUCUGUAUUGCUGAUGAAGACGCAGGAUGAGUCUCCCGCAGCAAAGGAGCAAAGGCUACAAUCAAGUGCGUACAACGCUUUAGCGAUAGUAGUGAAGAAAGUUAGGGAGCCAGCGAAACUGGGCAACAUCUUGGAGAAACUGACGGAAGAAGUCACUAAUAGAUUGCAAUUCGCAAUACAGAAUAAGAGAAGCGACCCACAGUGCGAACUACACGGGAACUUGUGCGUAUGCUUGUCAGAAUUGGUCGACAAGUUUCCAAGGGAACAAGUUUUAGCGCUUCCAGCGUUACCGCACGCGAUGAUGAAAUCGUACAUUUCCAAAAAAGCAUCUACAUCAAUCUUCAUCUGACAUUCCAAUAACUUGAUCUUCCACCUCCAUGCAACUUCCUCUCCCAGCUCUCAGCACUCUUAAACCUCUCUCACUGCUCCCCACUGCAGGUACAUCGAGUGUUUCGAACUCUACGCUUCCUUGAAUGAGGAUUCAGUCCUCCCUGACACGUUGAUGGCAGUUUCUAUGCUUAUCAAGAAGAUGGAGCAGGGUUUUGAGCCUUAUGUUCAACCUUGCUUGAAGUACUUUGAAACGGCUUUACGGAACUCAGACGACGUGCAGACCUGUAAUAUGUGCACUUCUCUAGUGGGUAACCCCUUGGCGCAUCAUUUGAAGCUGAAGUUUAUGCCAUUCUCGGAAGUCCUGAUCGCACCUAUCAUCGAAAACGUCAAAAAGGAUGUGGAUAAGAAGGUACAACUUGUUCUACUGGAGUUCCUUUGCGUUUGCAAACCAUCACGAUUCUGUUUGCUCUGUGGGAAUUACAUAACUUGACAAUAAUUAAAUUGUAACUAUUACUGUAACUGUAAGAAUUUAUGCAUCCGCGUCUUUUUGAGACACACUGACUUCUGGAACUAUUUUGUCCCGCUUGGAGUACUAAAUGGGACACCAUGUUGAUGAUGAUUCUUCAGUGUCAAAAUCACAAGUACACACCCCACAAUCAAAGUCACACCACACACGUCAUCCAUCAAUGUAUCAUUUCAGAGAAACAUCCACUCCAAACAGAUCAAGCUUUCCUGCAUCUGCACUUUGGGUGACGUCGCAAUGGCUUUAGGUGGGAGCUUUGUGCCUGCUUUGCCGUCCGUCAUCCAGGUUUUAGGGCAUGCUGGGGAGAUCCGUGUCUCAGACGAGGACGCAGAUAACGUUGAGUGGCUGGAAUACGUCAACAAAUUGAGGGAAAAUGUCCUUGAGGCGUACGUGAGUAUAGCCUUUGGGCUGCAAGAAGGCCAGGUCCUCGACAAAUUCAAGGGACACGUCAACCAAGCGACAACGCUCAUAGGAAGUACUUUAAUAAUUUUUAUUUUUGUAGUCGUUCUUAGACGAUUCUCAACAUCUAGACUAUAGCAUACUCAUGUCCAGUACCAACACUAUCAUCGUCUAUCUCUCUCUACCAUCCUCGAAACCUUCAACAUGUCUAUUUUCUGGACUGCCGUCCUUUAGAAAUCUUUCUCAAGCUACCACUACCAACCACUAUCAACCACACACAGUGGUGAUCGAAGACUUCGGCCGAACGCAGCAGUUAGGGCAUCAAAUCGUGUCUCUGGAGGUUUUGAGACUCGCUUGUGCGCUAUUGAGCGAUCUCGUGGAAUUUUUUCAAAAGGACAUGUGCGACUUCGUGCGAAAUGCGCCAUACUUGACAACCAUGCUGAACGAUGUUCCAAAGCAAACCAAUGACGAAGAAGUAAUGCGCACGUUGGCUUUGUUGCAGAAUGGGCUCCGGAAGUACGGUGCCUAG